GUUUGUUCCUCUCGCCAAUCGCCACUGUCCACUCCAGCGAAAGCUUCCUAGGUUUUCAGCUGCUUUCUCGCCGCCAUCUACCAUGGCCAAGAGAACCAAGAAGGUUGGGAUUGUCGGCAAAUACGGCACCCGAUAUGGUGCUAGUUUGAGGAAGCAGAUCAAGAAGAUGGAGGUGAGCCAGCACAGGAAGUACUUCUGUGAGUUCUGCGGCAAGGAUGCUGUCAAGAGAAAGGCUGUUGGUAUCUGGGGAUGCAAGGACUGUGGCAAGGUGAAAGCUGGAGGCGCUUACACCAUGAAUACUGCGAGUGCUGUGACCGUGAGGAGCACCAUCCGCCGUUUGAGGGAGGCAACCGAGAGUUAGAUGUCGUGUUUGAGUCGUCUUGCUCUGUUACUGUUAUGGGAUUUUGAUAUCGUCGUAUUAGUUGCAAACAAUGCCGUUGUUGCAUUUCUGGUUUGUUUACUUUUGAACCUCGUAGGAUCAAAUGAAAGCUCGGGUUUUUACCUUUUUAGUACUGUUCUAGAGGUGUGGAUUCAUUGUAGUCACCACUGAGUUCGUUCCUCCAGAUAGUUCCUUAGUCGUUACUGCAAAUGUGGGAUGUGGCUAUACAAGACAUUUUCGUUAUCUACGCUACAUUGAUUUUCAGCCAUAUUUCUCAUGUAUGGUUUCUCUUCCCUCUGUUGCCAUAAUAAUGUAUGUGUUGAAACUGAAAUCGGCUACCGUGCUUCUGUUGAGCACUUAAAUGGCUACACCCUGCUCCAACUUGCAGAUUGAGUGUAAAAAAUCGUUGUAUUCAAGAAUGCGAGAAAGAUGUUACUAUCAAUCAUAA